AGAUAUGAUUCAUUCUCCAGUGUACCUAGCAGUACCUCUUCCAGGAAGGAUUCGCAAGGCAGCAACAGGAGUCUGGAUACUAUUACAUUAUCAGGUGAUGAACGAGACUUUGGAAGACUGAAUGUGAAGUUAUGUUAUGUUUCCUCUGUAGAACAGAUUUGGAUCACAGUUUUACAUUGCAAAGACCUGAGCUGGCCGCCUAGCUGUGGGGAAAAUCCUCGUAUCUAUGUCAAGGGAAUUCUCACACUGCCCAAACCAGUGCAGUUCAAAUCUUCUGCCAAGGAAGGCUGCAAUGACAUUGAAUUUAUGGAAACUUUUGUAUUUGCUAUUAAACUGCAAAGCCUGCAGACUGUCAGAUUGGUAUUUAAAAUCCAGACACAGACUCCCAGGAAAAAAACAAUUGGAGAGUGCUCCUUGGCACUGCGGGAGCUCAGCUCAGAGGAGUCAAGUCAUUGGCUGGAUAUCUCUCCUCCUUCCAAAGCACCUGUGUGCCACGCAGAACUUCAAGUAGGAACUUGUUUUCAAGCAAUAAACAGGAGGAUUCAGUUACAGAUUCUUGAAGCACAAAACCUUCCAGUUUCAUCUACACCGCUGUCUUCAAAUUUCUUUGUGAAAGUUGGAAUGUUUAGUACAGAAGGACUGAUGUAUAAGAAGAAGACUCGUCUUCUGAAGUCCAAUAAUGGCCAAGUGAAGUGGGGAGAAAUGAUGAUUUUUCCAGUUAGCCAAGCUGAACAAGGAAUUAGCUUUCUCAUCAAGCUCUACAGCAGAAGCUCAGUGAGAAGAAAACAUUUCCUUGGACAGAUCUGGAUAAGUUCUGAUAGCAGUAACAGUGAAGCAGUGGAGCAGUGGAAAGAUACUAUUGCCAACCCUGAAAAAGUUGUGGUUAAAUGGUACAGCAUUGGUCCAUCUUGAAGACUGGAGAUGGAACUCAGGACU